AUGGCACAUGUCAACCAAGCCGAAGAACCUGUGUAUGGCAAGAGAGCCCGCACCGCAAAGGCAUGUGACUACUGCCGCAAGAAGAAGAUCAAGUGUGAUGGAACUUCACCGUGUUCCAAUUGUACGAGUUACGAGACCGAGUGCUCGUACACGUAUGUGACCAAGAAGCGUACUACGAAGCGGAAGAGGCCAAACACCUCGAAGAACAAGAAUGUUCAGGAGCUUGAAAAGCGACUAGGCAAGAUGGAAUCUCUGAUAGAGCAGCUGGUUUUCAAGAUCUCCGCUGAAGACGUUGGGAAACUGAGGCACAAACACGUCAGAAGUACUUCCGAAGAAAGUAUUACUACUGCUGAUGAAGAGGAAGAGGAGGAUGGCACUGAUGUGGAUACUUCCCAUGAUGGUGACGCCGAGGAUGAGGACGAUGGCGAGGACGAGGAGGAGGAGGCCGAAGAGCACGAAGAAAGUCUCCAGAAUGGACAUCAGUCAGACCAGAGUGGCCUGAAUAGUGUUUCUGCCAAAAAGGAACCUUUUAAAGACCGGUUUGACGCUGUUCUGGCUGCCCUACCCACACCGCCUACCGACGGAAAGAAGGUCUCACGUGCCAACCAAGGCACGUUGAAACAGCAUUAUGUGGCGAGACACAGUUCUUUCUCCGUAUUCUCUGAACAGGGGAUAGACUGGGUAGCCAGCAGACUUCAGGACAAAACUGCGAUGUACCCGUUGCAUGUGUUGAUGAGGAAGGCUAGAAGGGUGGAGGACCAAUCAUCAGCGCUGUUUAUAGAGCCGAUCGAGAGUUCCAAGCUGAGCCCGCUUCCUCCGAAAGAUUUGACGGCUUACUUGCUGAAAUAUAUCAUUCAGAACUCGUGUGGAAGAUUCUUCAAUCUGGACGUUGACCAGGUGGUUGCUGUCUUCGGUCGACUGAACAACUUCAGAGAGGGAAAGAUCAGAGACCCUCAUUUCUCAUAUUCGGAGCUAUUUCUCAUGAACAUGACUACGACUGUGAUACUGGCAUUGCACCAUGGAACUGUGGUGUUCAACUCUGUGCCGACAGAGGAGAUCCCAGAAGAGUUUACCCAGGAAAAUAUCAGCGAGGCUGAGAACAAAUACCUCAUCAACUCGUUAUACUACUUCCAACGCGUGAGUUUGGUGAAUGACGGAUUACUGGGGAUCCAGUGUAUUCUGCUACUAGCCACAUAUGCGGAUUCUGCGCUACUUUCCAAGUCUGCCACCACCAUUCUUACGGUUGCCAUUAAACAGGCACAGGAACUGGGCUUGCACAGAGCAGAAACCCUGAUAGGACUUCCUGAGCGCGAGAAGGAGAACCGAAUUAGGCUUUUUUGGUGGUGUUUCACCUUAGAUAGAGACAUGGGUCUCAAGUUUGGUUCUCCCCUGAUGAUUAGAGACUCUGACAUAUCCUGUCCUGGAAUGAAAGCGUACAGCAGAUUUUGGAGCUACAACUAUCCUCCUUCUUUGGAAUACUACAAAGGUGGAAUUAACAGACGUGAAACAAUGAGAGAUGAAAUCUGCGCCCAAUUGACCAAAGCUGUUUUUGAAGACAGUUCAUGGAACUUUGUGGAGGAUUUCAUACUCCACGAUUUGUCGACUAUAACAGGAAAAGUUUACGAACAUCUUUAUUCUGGAUCUGUUUUAAUUGGAAAAUCAUCGCAAGAGAUUCACGAGACCAUUAUCUCCUUGCUGAAAGAUCUGGAAAAUUGGAGAAUGCUGGUUCCAGAAACUCUCAGACCCGGCUCAAGAUCUUUGGUGCAAAAGCUCAAUGACAGUGUCAACGGAUCAGAUGCAUUCAGACUUCUGAGGGUUCUCUUCAUACAUUUCAGGUACUACUCGCUGAAGAUUCUCAUCACCAGAAUCGUCUUCAACUCGGACUGGCCUGGAACCGCUAAGCACCAGAAUCUUAGGUCGGAAAUUGCUGCUACUUGUCUGGAUGCCUCAAGAACUAUUCUGGCUCUUUCUGAUGCCAUUGGCACGCGAUUCUCAUGUUUCAGUAACUGGAUUCUGUUCUAUCCUUUCACUGCUUUCCUGUGUCUUUUUGGAAACUGUAUUCAAAAUGCUUCUGAGAACUACGUUCUUGGUGAUGUGACCCAAAUGAUCAAAGUGGCUCGUGGUUUUUUCGUUUUUGAAGGGGAAAGGACCCUCAGGUCCAAAUGGGGACUGGUAGAAAUCAUUGUGAGAAACCUACUCUUCAUAGUCAUAACAGCAGUGGAAGAGGCAAGAGGCCGCAAGGGCAUGUUCGAUGUUGGAGAUUACCUGGAUGAGGUGAAGUCGAUCGCCGAGGACGAGAAAAAACGUUCCUGCAAAUCCAAGUCGCAGCCCAUCAAACGUAAUGUCUCUUCCUCUAAUAUUGACUACUCUAACUUUGAGGGAAGGAUGGCGGGGGAUUUGGAGAUGCCUGACCAGGCGUCUGAGAAGCGUCGUCACAGGAGCCGCUCCAAUUUGUGCCAUUUCCCGUCGAUUUCGGCUCCUUCUAUAGAGCACGUUAUCACCGCCUCUGGUGGAGCAGAAGCCUAUUCAACUCCACAGUUUGGAAAUACGGCUCUGUCAGCUUCGGAUAUUGCCGUUGUAACUGCAGCAGAAACGAUGCCUGGCGCGUUUGGAAGCCACAUUAAUUCCAACAACUCUCCGAAUACAAACGGCAGUGAGUCCAACGUGAGCGACUUCAGCAUGAACAACCUAAUGACCCAUGAUUUGACCUAUUCGUAUUCGAAUCUUUUCAACCUGGCCGAGUACUUUCUCGACUUUGAAGCUGGGGGUGGAGGUCCUGGGGUUUUCACCCCCACAGAUGGUAAUUUGGGAACUGACAUGCAGACCAACCUAUCGCUUGCGGGAGAUCAAAAUGACAGCUUUGUGGACUUUUGA